GUCUAGCAGACAGACGACGCCAACUAGACGUGUUUACGCUGAAGCCGGAGGUGCGAAGUUAACACUGGGGGGACUCGCUCCUCGACACCCACGGCAAGACGUGCAUCCUCGGCUGCGCGAAUCAACCUUGACUCGACUUGCCUUGCAAAAAUCUCCAAAAUUUAAAGGGAAUCAAAAGUUGCAUGGGGCGUUGUCUCUCACAUUCUUGCCCGAUAAGCUCAUGCCAACACGCGGGCCCGACGCAGAUGUCGUGCAGACGAAUGUGAAAAAUCCGUUCGGUGUCAGAUGGCUCGGGGUGGGUGUGAAUUCAUUGUCGUCGUAAUCUAUGGAGACGGGCGCCCUUGUGGCGCAGACAUGAGGACAAACAUCCUUCCAAGUCCAACAUGACCACACAUGAUGGCAAACUCACUUGGAGCUUUUUAUUAACACUUAACUGCGCAUGAUAAUGAUAGCUAUCUGUUCUAAAAACAAGGUGUAUUAUGACAAGAGGGGCAGGAAAAGAGUUGAGACACGUUGGCUUACGUCACCCAAACGAGAUUUAUUUUUCCCUCCGAAUUCCAGCUUGGCUUCCUGUUAGCGAACAAUUCCCAUCAGAUAGGUAUCUUAUUAUUAUGCUAUUGUUGUUCUGUCAACCUGUGAUUGCUGUUUAGCGGGGAAAGAAAACAACAGGUAGCAGCUCCAGAAGCAGGAAGUUUAUUUUAGACUGAAAAAUGUCAGCCAGCGUGCAGUGUUCCUACUGUCGCGAAGACCUCGGCGGCAGGAGAUUUGUGCGCAACGAGGGCCGGCCUACGUGCGUGCGCUGCCACACCAAGUUCUGCGCCAACAGCUGCGCCGAGUGCCACCGACCCAUCUCCGUGGAAUCCAAAGAGCUGAACCACAAGGGUCGCUACUGGCACGAGGACUGCUUCCGAUGCGCAAAGUGCUACAAGCCGCUGGCCAAGGAGCCGUUCACCACCAAGGAUGAACGCAUCCUGUGUGGCAAGUGCUGCUCCAGAGAAGAAGCUCCACGCUGCCACACCUGCUAUAAACCCAUACUUGCUGGCACGGAGAGCGUGGAGUACAAAGGCAACUCAUUCCACGACGAGUGUUUCACUUGCUGCCACUGCAAGCGACCAAUGGCUUCGCAGAGCUUCAUCGCCAAAGAGAGCGACGUCUACUGCAGCCCUUGCUACGACAGCAAGUUUGCAAAAAUCUGCGUCUCCUGCAAAAAGCCGAUCAUGACCGGAGGAGUCAACUACCAGGGGCAGCCCUGGCACGGUCACUGUUUCGUGUGUAGCUCCUGCUCAAAGCCUCUGGCUGGGUCCAGCUUCACCACGCACAAGGACCAGGCCUUCUGCGUGGACUGCUACAAGAGCACCGUGGCUAAGAAAUGCAGCGGCUGCCAAAUGGCCAUCACAGGUUUUGGCAAAGGGGUGAACGUGGUGAGCUAUGACGGAGCCUCCUGGCACGAAUACUGCUUCAACUGUAAGCAGUGCUCUCUCAGUCUGGCUAACAAGCCCUUCAUAGCUAAGGGCCGGGACAUCCUGUGCUCCGACUGCGGUGACAAGUAGAAAACUAAAUCCCUCAAUUCCUCAGAAUGGUCCUCAAUGCUGAUAAAGAUGUUUCAAUGACUGCCCCAUUGACAUAUUGUUUAGAGUCGUUUAGAGUCGCCGGUUUCCACCCCCCGUGCCCAAUCAAGUUAUCCAGACUCAGCCACAGUCCCUCGUGAGCAUGGUGACCUCCGUGCCUGGCUGGAGGACCCCACAGCAGACAUCCAACACUCAACCCGGCGUCAUCCGCACCAGACACGGAAAUUGGCUGUUCCUCAUCGUGGGUAAUUUGUAUCAUGCAUCGCUAUUGUUCUUUGUUUCUGCUAAGUCCCACAAAGGAGCCUGCAAUUAUGAACACAUGAGCAUCAGGACCAGGGAGGAGUCUGUUGCCAGGCAACUGGUGACAAGACAUUGUUCCUAUCAAGCGUAGAAACACAGUUGUAAUGUAAACUCCCAAUUUCACAUUGGACAUUGAAUUAUGUUGCUUUUUAACUGAAUUGAUAACUGAAUCUUUAGUGUGUAAUUGCAUUUUUCAGAAUUAUUACUGUACGAGAGACAUUUGUAACUCAAUUUUUACCAACAUGUAUUAUGGUUCAAAUGCCCUACAAUAUUAGACUUUCUAAUACUGUACAUAAAUAAAUUCCAUUCUCCAAUUGAA